GUCAAUGCAACAUCGAUCAUCUAGUAUUUAGUGUCCUUUAUUCACCCUAGCCUAUAACAAUUGGUCUCGUAUAGUCGUGGACUAUGCGUCUGUCCUAUUCUCGUAUUCGUAUUGCUCCGCAUUUCACGUGAGACACGCGCCAUUAUCGAUAAAGCUCUUUCACCCCACCUCGCUAUCAACAGACCAGCUUCGACGCUCUGCUCAUACUACCAUACCACCAAAGUAUCACACGGCUCCAGAGACAUCACUAUGUCUAACAACCCGGUCAAUGUUCUCUUCGUCUGCCUCGGCAACAUCUGCCGUUCCCCCAUGGCCGAAGGCGUCUUCCGCAACGUUGCCUCCUCCCACCCCCAAAUCAACGAAAUCGACUCCGCCGGUACAGGCGCGUACCAUGUUAUGGAACCCCCAGACCCGCGCACAAUGACCACCCUACGCUCCCACGGCAUCAAGAACUACAACCACGCCGCUCGCAAAGUUACUCGCGAGGACUUCCUGACCUUCGACUACUUGCUCGCCAUGGACAAGUACAACCUACGCGAUCUGCUGGAUGAGAGGGCUGCCGUGCUUGCGACGUUGGGUAAAGGUGGCGGGAAGAAGGGGAGUAAGGCUGCUGCGGCGGCGGCGGCGGCGGCAACGAAUGGGGAGGAUGUUAAGGUUGCGGAGGUGAGGCUGUUUGGGGAUUUUGGGAAGGGGGGUGUUGUGCAUGAGCGGGUCGGUGGGGGUGAAGUUGUGCAGGAUCCGUAUUAUGGUGGGACGAAUGGGUUUGAGGAGGUUUAUCAGCAGGUGGUGAGGUUUUCCGAGGGGUUUUUGGAGCAUGUGGAGAAGAGACAGUAGGUUUUGUGAUUAGGAUGAUUUAUGAUUGCACAGAUACCCUCGAUAGAAUAGACAGCGUGAACCGUGUAGACCAAUUCGGAGCUUCAAGCCUCGACAUAUCCAUUCAUGCCUUCGGUACCAUGCCUUCGGUAUCAUGCAAACCUCCAAUUUAGCCGCGGACAACUUGAAGGUUUCCGAGGCUUCUUUGUCGUCCAGUUGAUACUUCCUUUUCUUAGGCGUGCUCUUUCUAACAAUGCUGUUGAUUGUUCGGCUGGGAGUCGUGUAGGUGCCGGUGUACAUGUGCUUGCAAAGCUA